CGUUGAAUGACGUGCCGUAAAUAUAGUGCAUUCGGUAUACGCAGUACAAUACAUGUAAUUCGUGGGUGCGAAAGCACAACCGACCAAGCCCUUUUUCGAGUCCAAAAGACACUUUCUGAUCGGAGUAAAUGCUCUAAAAGGUGACCAUGGGAAAGGAUAAGUACCAAGGAGACGAUGAGAAUGCAGAGAUGAGUGAUGCCCCUCCGCCAGGGCGGACGCAAUCCAAAAAGUUCGGGAAGUGCAAAAAGUACGACCCAGCAUUCCACGGUCCCAUAGAAAACAGGAGCUGUACAGACAUAAUAUGCUGCAUCCUCUUCAUUGUGUUCUUCAUCGGCAUGAUUGUUGUCGGCGGGAUUGGAUGGAUCCAGGGCGACCCCCUGACCCUCAUCUAUGCCACCGACUCUAUGGGGAAUGUUUGCGGAAAAUCCACAGGUUAUGAAAACAAGCCCAACUUGUUUUACUUUGAUCUGCUGGAGUGUUUCACUGACGUGUCAAUUCUUGAGCUGGGAUGCCCAUCUGCGAAGGUCUGUCUUGCAGUAUGCCCUACGGAGACUUUUGCUCCAUACACGCUGGCAUUAAAGGGACAGCUGCCUGUGGAUAUACCCAUUGGUGACGCCAUGUGGGACAAGUUUAUCUGCCUUGAUGGUUUUAAUGCAACGACGGAGUACAACACAGUUGGAGGAACAUACUCAGGCCCAGAAGGUUUAGCAAAGAUGUUUGAGGACAAAAAGUGUGCUGCUUAUUACAUUGAGAGCGAGCCAUUCGCGGACCGAUGUAUCCCAGCAUUCCUGGUCAACGCUAAUGCGUCGGCCGGCGACAUCUUAGCGAAGGGGCUGAAUUUCAUUACCACGGUCGGCGGCGAAAACUUGACAGACGACACCAUCGUCAGUAAACUGAUCACGGCUGCGGAAAACUUCUUGGAUCUGCGUUCCUUGUUUAGCGUGGUCUACCAAGACUUUGUGUCAUCGUGGUACAUCAUCCUAAUCGGUUUAUCGGCAGGCAUGAUACUAGCGCUGGUGUGGAUCAUCAUCAUGCGUUGGAUCGCCGGUGUCAUGACGUGGCUUAGUAUCCUGGGACUCUGGGCUAUUCUGGGGGCAGGUAUCUAUUGUUGCUGGCAGCAGUACAUCUACCUCGAGCAGGUGCAAUCGGGAACAGCGACUAUGUCGAUGCCCGGGACUGCUGCCGUUUCCAGCAGCAUGGUGUCCGCCUUCAUUUCAGGCCUUUCAGGCUUCUUGCGUCUACAGAAAACCUGGCUGGCAUUCGGUAUUGCCCUGUCCAUUCUUCUGCUGAUCAUUGUUCUGGUCACGCUGUGUUUGUGUUCCCGUAUCCGCAUCGCUGUACAGUUGAUCAAGGAGUCUAGCAGGGCUGUUGGUUCGAUGCUGUCCACCUUGUUCUGGCCGAUCGUUCCUUUCCUCCUUCAAGUAGUGAUCAUCACGCUCUGGGCAACAAUCGCCGUUUUCCUGGCGACGUCUCACAAGGCCACAUUUGUCGUGUAUCAGGCACCUGGGAAUUUCUCACUGGCGAACGGCACAGAAUGUGUUCCAGAAGAAUUCCAGCAAGGCGGCAUGCACUACGGCAGCGGCGCGUCUUGCAUGUUCCAGUCCUACGCCCUGCCGGACUACGUCAUCUAUCUCCAGUUCUACAACCUCUUUGGCCUGUUCUGGUUGAUGGAGUUCGUGGUCGCCCUGGGCCAAGUGACUCUCUCUGGGGCCUUCGCUUCCUACUACUGGGCCUACCACAAACCGAAUGACAUCCCUGCUCUGCCGCUGUGGGGUGGAUUCUACAGGGCUAUUAGGUACCAUCUUGGCUCCAUCGCCUUCGGUUCUCUCAUCAUUGCCAUUAUCAAGAUCAUCCGAGUCUUGCUGGAGUACGCCGAGGUCCAACUGAAGAAAGGCAAGGACAACAAGGUGGUCUCAUUUAUCCUGAAGUGCCUCAAAUGCUGCUUCUACUGCUUGGAGAAAUUCAUGAAAUUCCUCAACAAGAACGCCUACAUCAUGAUUGCAAUUUACGGCAAGAAUUUCUGCAGUUCGGCCAAAACUGCAUUCUUCCUGCUGAUGAGGAACAUUGUCAGGGUUGCUGUCAUCAAUAAGAUCACCGACUUCCUGAUCCUGCUGGGCAUUCUCUGCAUCACCGGCGGCGUCUCCGUGGCAGCGUUCUUCUUCUUCACCAAUCAGAUCACCUGGGUCUCCAGCAUCCUAGACGUUCCCGAGGUCAACUACUACUGGGUCGUCAUCAUUGUGAUCGGGCUGGGCGUGUACGUCAUUGCCAAGUGCUUCUUCAACGUCUUCGACAUGGCGGUGGACACCAUGUUCCUGUGCUUCUUAGAGGAUCUGGAACGGCACGACGGCUCGGCGGAAAAACCGUACUACAUGUCCAAGUCCAUGAUGAAGAUCUGCGGCAAGAAGAACAAGAAGCCGAUGACCGACAACGAGGACGAGGAUGAGUGCGAGUGGUAGGAGGCUUCCGGAUGGGAAUCAGUGUGAUUCCGUCACGGAAUCGCCAUGGAAUUGUCAUGGAAUAAAUGGGAAAUUGUAAAGGAAAGACAACUAUUCCAGACGGUUGUAAAUGUUUUCCAGAAAACUUAAGUCAUCUUCCACAGGAUUUGUCUGUUACGGAAGUCCUUUGGGAAUCAUUGAUCCUUGGGAAAAAUAUUGUGGAAUUGCUACGGAAUGUAUUAGGGAAAAGGGCAAAUGAGAAAACUUAUUGCAAAGCAAACUUAUAGCAAAUUUAUUGCUUCUUUUAGAGUAUUUUGGGUGUUAUUGAAAUCCUAGGGGAAUCAUGUGCCUAUGACGGAUAAUAUGGAAUCACCAUGGAAUGCUAUGGGAAAACUUAAGGAAAACUGGGAAAAAAGUAAAGGAAUGGUAAAGCUUCCCUUGGAUUAUGAUUAUUUUUGUGGAAAUUGGUUUUGCAACAAGUCAGUCACAUAUUUUUGUAAACUGCCAUUUUUUUAUAUUUAAAUAGUACUUUUUUUCAAUGUCUAAAACAUUUGUAUUUUUAUCCACUUAUGCGAAUGUUGGGGGAAAUUUGAAAGUUUUCCGGAAAAAAAGGCUUCAAAAUUGUGUCUCCACAUUCUGUGAGUCACUGCGUGUGUGGAAUAUUUUCAAGAUAUCCUUAAAAAAUACUUGUUUUACGGUUUUAUGUACCAUUGUUUUUCUUACAUUUUUGGGGGAGAAAAUAGUUUUCAACAGGUUUAUUUUAAUUUAGUGAAAAAGUUUGUUUUAUUUUUGUAGAUGGUAAUAGGAAUGGAGAUGACCGAAUAGUCGGGAGACUUGUUACUUAUAGUGUUACUUCUCAUAUAUAGGGGUCAGGGAUGGUGACAUCAGAAAUUAUUAUUGGAUAAUAACCAUGUGUUACUUUGACUGUACAAUUUUUAGUUGUAAAAAUGUAUUUGUAAUAUUGUGAUGUUUUGUGUAUGAUGAGCAAUUAAUGCCGUCUUUUUCUUGACUUGGGGAUUCAAUUUAUCUAAUUUUAUAACAAAAAAUAAAUAAUGUAUUGGGUAUCACGGUUGACAAAAUGGUAUUGGUUUUGUCCAGUUUAUCAAUCGCAAGUUGAUUAUAAGUCCGUCACAAGUCCUGUUAUUAUUAUUAUUAAUACCAUGACCCCGCCAGGACUUGAACCCACAGCUUUACUCGCAGACCACGAAUCAGUGCCCUUAACCAGAAAACUCGUUCAUCCUUGCAAAUUUAGGGUUGACCGUAAACUUAUUCUUCAAGCCAUGUACAUUUAGGACCUUUUUAUGUGCCUGACGAAACAACAGUAUUACACCCCUCUGUAAGAAACUUCCAAGAACUUAUAUGGGUGUGGUAAUUGAAUUUUAGAUUACAUGUAGCUUCAAUCUGAUUGGAUAACUGACUGUUUCAUGCAACAAAUUAGCCAAUCACAAAACACAAUAGAAAAUGACAUUGCUGCUUGCAAUAUUUCACUGGCAGUAAGAAACCUCAAAGAACCUACAGUGGUGUUAGCUAUUGAAUUUUGGAUUUCAUGUAGCUUCCAUCUGAUUGGAUAACAGACUGUUUCAUGCAACAAAUGAGCCAAUCACAACACACAAUAGAAAAUGACAUCGCAAUAAUUGGUGUAAAUAUUUUCAAGGGUAUUGUAAAGAAGAUUUGCACAUGAACGUGUCAUCUGUAUAUCAGAGGUGUUGUUUUUUAUCAAAUAAUCAUGGGAAAUUGUAGUAUUGAAAAAAACAGUACUUCUGUUUGGCAAUUUAUGAGUAUUUUUAGCUCAUUUGAUUUAUAAAAGCAUGCAAACAAAUGCAAUGAAGGAGUUGUUUAAUAUUCAUGGCUGAAGAAUGAUGAUCAAUUAUAUAAAAUAUUUAUCAUGUAAAGUGUAACAUAAUAUUUUCCUCUGGUUUUGGGCUGAACUUCUGAAUUACUUUGUAUUUCUACAUGUAAAUCAUGUAUAAGAGUCUGCUGUUGCAUCCAAUAAAUUCUUUCACUCUACCAUUUAUCAGAAAGAAAAAACACCUGAAGUCGUGAUCCCAUCAAAUUCCAUCGAAUUCAAUCAGUAAAUAGAUCUUGAACAAUGAAAUUGUGGACUUUCUAUUUGCGUUCUUUUAAAACCUGAUCGCAGUGAGUGCAACAUGACCACUGUUUACGUGGAACAUAUUUCUGAUCAGAUUAAAAGAACCCUUCAAAAUCUACCGUUUGUCAAUUUCCAUCAAAUUCUAUCAAUUUCCAUCAGAUUCUAUCGAUUUCAAUCGGAUUAUAUCAAUUUCAAUUAAAUGCCACCAUAUUCUAUCAAAUUCCAUCAAUGCCAGUCAACUCGGGAACUUUCAAAAAUGCCAGUAAUGAUGCAUUAAGUUAUGCCUUUCUGCACUUGUUCAAGAUCUAAUGAACACAAUUCUCCAUGCUGUUUAUAUCUAUUUUAAUCUCUUUGUCACGUGUUGCAAUAUAUUUUACCUCUGUGUUAGAUAUUGUUAAUUACCUAAACUUGUCUCAAUCUCUCAUUUGUUUUAUCUCAAAGAAGGAUUGCAAUUCGACAUUAUUGCUUGGUUUUAAUAGCAGAGCACUUACAGACAUGAAGGAUAAUUUGCUUUUCAUGCAUUUUGUUCUUUUCUAAUAAUAACAGCACUCGAAAUUCAAAGAGAAAGUUUUAAUAGCAGAGAACUUAAAGACAUAUAUAGGAAAGUUUGCUUUUAAUAAUAACACCACUCGAAACCCAAAGAAGAAUGUUCAAAACCUAACCUGUUGAAGUUUCAGCUCAGUGGAUAUUACACUUUUCGAGGAAACAGUAAAAAAAAAACAUGCACAUACCAUUUGAUCACGAAACACGAUUUCGUCAAUAGCACUCUUUAUUCCAAAAAUCAGUCAAUUGACUUCUCGUUGGAAAUAACCUACAUUUCUUGAUUUCUUCUAAAUGACAGCAAGCCAGAUGACACAAUUUCACGGGGUGUUUAGUACCGGUACGAUCUUAAUAAUCCAAGUAAGCUUUUUGGUAAUAAUUUAGUAGCUUACUUUUGGGAUAAAUGCACAUGAUCACAAUGCCUUUAAAACAAAACUGUGAAGUGUAUAUGUUUAAAAAAAACUAUUCGUCGUCUAUAAAUCAGGUGUAUCCUAUAUGCAACAAAAAUCUAUAUUUUCACUUUCCAUAUCUAUUUAACAUCGGUAUCUUUGUAUAUUUAAGCGCAUUUGUCUCUAUGUAUCAAUGGUGUCUGUAUUUUAUUGACUUUUUACAUCACAGUACUUAAAAUGUCUUUUUUCUGUCUUUACUCGUAUUUUAUAAAUAUAUACAAUAAAGUAACGGGAAUUCGAAAACAAUACAGAAAA